AGGCGGCAGCGGCGGCGGCGGCAGCGGCGACGGCGGCGGCGGGCGGGGCUCGGCUCGGGCUCCGCGGGCGGGCGGGCGGACAUGGCGGCCAACAUGUACCGGGUCGGAGAUUAUGUCUACUUUGAAAAUUCCUCCAGCAACCCGUACCUAAUCAGAAGGAUAGAAGAACUCAACAAGACUGCAACUGGCAACGUGGAAGCAAAAGUAGUGUGCUUUUAUAGACGACGAGAUAUUUCCAACACGCUUAUAAUGCUUGCAGACAAGCAUGCUAAAGAAAUUGAGGAAGAAUCUGAAACAACAGUUGAGGCCGACUUGACUGAUAAACAGAAACAUCAGUUGAAACAUAGGGAACUCUUCUUGUCACGCCAGUACGAAUCCCUGCCUGCAACACAUAUCAGGGGAAAAUGCACUGUUGCCCUUCUGAAUGAGACAGAGUCAGUAUUGUCAUAUCUUGAUAAAGAGGAUAGCUUUUUCUACUCAUUGGUAUAUGACCCUGCAGUGAAAACACUAUUAGCUGACAAAGGUGAAAUCAGAGUGGGACCUAGAUAUCAAGCAGACAUUCCAGAAAUGCUCUUAGAAGGAGAAUCAGAUGAGAGGGAACAGUCAAAAUUGGAAGUUAAAGUUUGGGAUCCAAAUAGUCCACUUACAGAUCAACAGAUUGACCAGUUUUUAGUUGUAGCACGUGCUGUUGGGACAUUUGCUCGAGCCCUCGAUUGCAGCAGUUCUGUAAGGCAGCCUAGUUUGCAUAUGAGUGCAGCUGCAGCUUCUCGAGACAUCACCCUGUUUCAUGCUAUGGAUACACUAUAUAGGCACAGCUAUGAUUUGAGUAGUGCCAUUAGUGUCUUAGUACCACUUGGAGGACCUGUUUUAUGCAGAGACGAAAUGGAAGAAUGGUCAGCCUCUGAAGCCAGUUUAUUUGAAGAGGCACUGGAAAAAUAUGGCAAAGAUUUCAAUGACAUACGUCAAGAUUUUCUCCCUUGGAAAUCAUUGACUAGCAUCAUUGAAUAUUAUUACAUGUGGAAGACUACUGACAGAUACGUGCAGCAGAAACGUCUAAAAGCAGCAGAAGCUGAGAGUAAACUGAAACAAGUGUAUAUCCCAACUUACAGCAAACCGAAUCCCAACCAAAUAGCGGCCAGCAAUGGCAAAGCUGGUGCUCUGAAUGGAGCUGUGGGGGCCACAUUCCAGCCACAGAAUGCCCUCUUAGGGCGAGCCUGUGAGAGCUGCUAUGCUACACAGUCUCAUCAGUGGUAUUCUUGGGGCCCACCUAAUAUGCAGUGUAGAUUAUGUGCAACCUGUUGGCUUUAUUGGAAAAAAUACGGAGGCCUGAAAAUGCCCACCCAGUCAGAAGAAGAGAAGUUAUCUCCCAUCCCAACUACAGAGGACCCACGGGUUAGAAGUCACAUGUCUCGCCAGGCCAUGCAAGGGAUGCCAGUCCGAAACACUGGGAGCCCAAAGUCUGCAGUGAAGACCCGCCAAGCUUUCUUCCUUCAUACUACAUAUUUCACAAAAUUUGCUCGUCAGGUCUGCAAAAAUACCCUCCGUCUGCGGCAGGCAGCAAGACAGCCGUUUGUCCCUAUUAAUUAUGCUGCCAUUAGGGCAGAAUAUGCAGACAGACAUGCUGAACUAUCUGGGAGUCCACUGAAAAGCAAAAGCACUAGGAAACCUUUGGCAUGUAUCAUUGGGUAUUUAGAAAUCCAUCCUUCGAAGAAACCUAAUGUAAUUCGAUCUACACCAAGCCUGCAAACCGCAAGUACCAAGCGGAUGCUAACCACCCCGAAUCACAUGUCUCUGAGCAUUUUGGGAAAAAGAAACUACAGUCAUCACAAUGGCCUGGAUGAACUCACAUGCUGCGUGUCAGACUGAACUAUCCCUAUUUCAUCCUAUAAGCCAAGAUUUGCUACACUAUCCUGAUGCUCACAGCGGUGCCAGGGAAGGAGGCAGCCCCAUUCCCAGUGUUUUCAGUGGGAGACCUCCUCGUGCACCCCAUGGAGACUCAAUGGGGCAGAGGCAGAAACUAUAGGAGUACAUGGCCCAAAACCUGCGUCUCCAUCUGUGCAUCAGUGUCACCUCGCUUUCCUCCCAGAGACCUCGCUGUCCCAGAGCGGGUCUUGCCUGAGAAUUGAGGAGGAGCCACUCCGCCUCCUCCCUUCUCCCCACUUCAGUGGCCUGGGCAUGGCGGCCCCUCGGAAGGGGAGCUGCCAAGAGCUCAGCCGCGCUGCCAUGCAUGUGUCAGCUCAGCUCUGUUGCAGGUUGUAUGAUUGUGUACAUGAGGGACAUGGCAUCUUUCUGAAUGGAUUUUUCUUAAGAAAUGUGCCAGUGUUUAUGCAGGUCAUGGUAUUUCUCCCCAUCUUUGCUGUUGCUGUCACUUGGCUUUUUCUCAGUAGGCUUCCUACUUAUAUUUUUUAAUGAAAAGAUUUUGCUCUUCACCCCUUGCAUCCUGUAUCUGACCCCUGUCCCCUGCCCCUCCAAGGUACAGAAUUACCUGAGGAACUGAUAAAAGAUAAGAAAAUCUUUUUUGGUCAGCCUGUGAACUCUUCAUAGAAUCUGUGUUUUGUUGUUGAAGAGAGGCUGGUGUUCUGCUUGGUUCUGCUUGGCCUCAGACGGCUCCAGCAAGAGCUGGUAUGGUACUCACACCGAGCCGAGCAUGUGUAUCACUGUGACAAGCCCCUUGCACCACUGCCCUGUUCCCUGACAGCCAGACCACCCAACGAAGUGCUGGUCCUUCAGUGAGUGACAAAUCACCCAGGUUUAUUUUAAGCAGGGGGAUCUGUUUGGCCUAGGAGAGUGAAGUGAGAGUACCAUGUUUGCAGGUGAGCGUGUUAUGACACAAAGAGCCACCUACCCUUCUAGCCCAAGUGUUUCUGUGCACACAUGGGGCCAGGCCUCAGAAGACCUGCCUGGUUUCCCCUGGUUUGUGUCUUGUCCUCCCGUAGCUCCAGCCCCUGCUGGCACUGCAAGCUAGUGCUCCGUGGCUCUAUGUGCACAGCUGCAGGGACAGGAAUAACUUAGUGCCCCACCGGCUCCCCAGGCAGAUGUAAGCCUGGCCACUCCCCUGCCCUCCUUUCGCAGGGACAGGCCGUGGGGCACAGGGGCACAGCACCGUGAAAGACAACUGUAGUCUCACCUCCCAGCCAUCCCCAGGGUCCGCAGCUAAGAGGCAGUGGAAUGGCUGACAGUAAGUGUCCCACACAGCUAGGUGGUUGCAGGACAGAUGGCUCCAAUCGGGUUAACCCCUCCCACUUCCCCAGGCAGGGGGAGGUAUCACUAAAUGACAGUGAUACCCCAGAUCCUCAGAGGCUGGGCUCAGCUCAGCAGAGACAGUGAUGGCUGAUGGCUGAGGGGGAUGCUAGAGCCCGAGCCACCUUUUCCUUUUCCAGCUUUGCUGUCCUCAUGGUUUUUCUUCUGAAGAGGAGGUGGUUCUCAUCUUAGGCUUUUUCAGGGGUGACCUGGGCACGUUCUCCUGCCAACUCUGGGAGCUGUUCUGGGCCUGGGCAUGGGGUCUGAGGGUCUGGCUGUGUCAGAGGUGCUUCGCGAGCAGGGAGGAGGCAGCCAGCAUUGCCCUCAGAGUUCCCCAUGAGCAGCCCUUCAGGAAAGACCCAGGGAGAGGAGGCAGGGGCUCUGUGCAUCACAUGCCAUAUGUGUAUUUCUCCAUGCAAAAAGACAGAGGAAAGCUGUGCCCUGCCCUGGAUUUCCUGUCACACAUGGAUGUAGGAGGUGGGAUGGCUCCCUUGCCCCUUCAGCCUCCUAACCCACAUGAGAUGGUGACUGCGGAUUAGAGAAAAAUCAGCUGCCCAAGUCUCUGCUGCCAGCUUCAUUCCCUCUGCCUGCUAGGAGAGAGCCUCCUCAUGCGGAUCCAGGAGAUCUGGAGCCGGGGCCAGGCCCGGGCUAUAGGAAGACCAGGGAGGCCGACCCAGUUGCAGUGUACAUGUAGCUUCGGGACAAGUGCAGCUUGUAUAUUGGGCCACGUGUAACAAGAAAGCUCUUCCUGCACCUUUUAGUGAGAGCUCCUGCUUCUGUAGCCAGUCCUCCUACAAAGUGGAUGUUGACUCAGAUCUGCCCUUCUGCUUCACCUCUGGAAAGCCCCCAGCAUCUGAUGAACACUCCAGGGAAGGGAGGAGGAGAUAGGGAGCUUCUUGCACUUGGCUUUGCCAUUUUGAGCAGUCGGUGCUGAGAGGGUUUCCCAGCCACCCGCUUCUGGGGCCACAAUGUCACCAUUGUGUGUGUCAGUGGCAUGUCACCAUUGUGCAAUGAGCUUGUAGGGUGUAUACACAGAGUCUGCAGGGCGCACAGCAGACCUGCCCAGGGGUGCUGUGUUGAGUCUGGUCUGUGCUCACCGAAUGAGGACACACAGGCUCUCUGCAAGUCAUCUUCCCUUGGCCUGCUCACCCCCAGAGGUGGUGCAGAAGAGGACAGGCUGGCUUUUGAGCAUGUCUCUCACAAUUCUACCUUGUCCACAGCCCAAUUCCCAUCAGCAUCCAACUGGGAAAACAGAAGCCACUCUAAAUAUUUGAGACACAGGGAUUUAAAUCCAGAGAAUUGUUUAGCACAGAAGAGCUGAGAGGCCAAAUGGGGGAGUAAAGGGCAACCCAGAGAUGGAGAACAACAGCAGGAAGCUGCUACCACCCGUUGGGAAGGGAGAGGCUGUGUUACCGAAUCCUUUUGACCAGAGCCACUGGGAGAAACCUGGAGUCACAGAGGGCCUGUCUGUUGGGAACCAGAGCCAUUAGGAGGCAUGGCCCCCUCCAGAAGCAAUCUCCCAGGCAGGGAAGUGGGGAAGAAGCCUCCCCUUUCUAGAGCCCUCCAGAUUUCUGCAGGCACCCUUCCUUAGCUAAGCCGGCUGGUAGCCAGCUGACCUUAGAGCCGGGAACAGGCAACCUGCAGUGGUCAGGCCCCCAUCACUCAGAGCAGAGCAGGGGAGAGCAAAGAGCAGGUCUGAUGGCAAGCAGGCCCAGAAUGCACAGGGCCUUGGUCUGUUCUAGGUCAUGUCCAGUCUGUGUUUAUGCCCCAUGCCAUCCUAAGACCCUGUGGAGGGUACGUGGAGGAGUUGCCCCUUGCAGUUUGUAGACUCUCACUCUGCUUAGAAAGUGCUUUGUGGAGGGAGGGGGAAGACCUCUCUUCAUAACAGUUGUCCCUGUUUACCUUUGGGGGAAUUUACCUAUUUAGCAACCCACCUCACCGUUCCCCUCAGGAAAGCCAUGUCCUGGUUUUCUGUCCGCCCUUCCCCAUUUCUCUCCCUGCCAAUUUCUGAUUUUCCCUGCCAGAAACUAACCGAGACGUGCAUCAGUGGUCAUGAGUGUUUCCCCAGGAUAAUGCAUUCCGAACGUGAUACUGCAGUGUGGACUGUUUGUCUGUAAAUAGGUGCCAUCUACUAAUCAAUUUGUAUCGUGUUUCCAAUAAACUUCCCGAAAUCA